CACGAGUUGUUGAUAACUUCCUGUUCUGACACUAGUAAUGUAGUAGGAGGAUGUUAAGUUUCGCUUUAUUAAUUCCGCCUGGUGCUUUGUGACUGCUGUAGUCUGCUGCUUCCGUGUUCAGGGUUCCGUUUUUGUUUCCCAGGGAUCUUGAGAUCUGAAGAGGACGAUGUCAUCAGGGAAACUGCAGAACAGCCUGAUGGAGAUCCUGGUGGUGGUGGGGAUGGACCAGCACACAGGACUGGUGCCUGAUUAUGUACCUGGACAGUCAUCAGAGGUGUUACCUGGACCCACCCCACUCUUCACUACAGCGUUUGAGUCCCAAGUGUUGGCUGCCUGCGCACAUGAAGUUGCCAACUUCCCCAACUCUUCCUCCAUCUUUGAUUCCAUGGCUUCCUUCUCAACCUCCACAUGGUCUUCCAACAUCCCCCCCUCUCCUGCCAGGGGGGUGUCCAGUACCAUCCCCCCCAAGGGGGGGAAAACCAGGCGGAGCCAGUCACUAAGGAGACUCACCCCCACUGGGAAACACUCAGUUGCACUUCCUGUGGGGUCAGAUGUCAUUUCCUCCCUGCCUCCACUCUGUCUACCUGGCAAUGCAUACGUUUACAAAGACCGCCCUAAGGACCACGUACACUACCUCGUUCUGACUGAUAUCUCAGGUGCCCACUCCUACGCCACUGUCUACACCUGCUACAGGAAAUUUCUUGCCACUCAGGUCAGGGGAAAGUCGGAGUAUUCCAUACGGGCUGUUCCACUAAAUGAUGAGGGGGAGGAAGGCACCAAGAUCUGCUAUGUGCCCCUGUGUUGCUGUAUGGUGUCCAGGGCACCUUAUUUCUUCACUAUGAGGGAUUGUCUCACUUGCCUGGUACAGCAGCUGCACAAGGACGUGCGGACCAUGGAGAUGGUGGUGGCAGACUUCAGCUCCAACCUCGCCCUGGUGCCACGCCCACCUCCCGGACAUCUUGCCAUUUCGUUCCAGCUAAACAAGUUCACGGUGACGGUUCCGCCAGCCCUGGACCCGGACCAGCGGGUACUGGACAUGCCGCUUCACUACCCCUUCCUCAGCUUCUCAUUGGAUAACAUUUUAACCUUGGUGGCCUGCAUCCUGACUGAGCAGAGAAUCGUAUUCCUGGCCUCAGAUUACGCACUCCUCACUAUAGUCAUGGAGAGUUUCCUGACGUACCUGCAGCCGUUUGUGUGGCACAAUGUUUACGUCCCCGUGCUGUCCAGCUCCAUGGUGGACCUGGUGGAGGCUCCAGGUGUCUUCAUGAUGGGCUGUCAUGUCUCACACAGGGAGAAAAUCAUCAAGGUUCCUGGGAUUGUGGUAGCAGACAUCCAGUCAGGGGAGGUCUUCAUGGCUGACUCUGUCCUGGACAACGCUGGACUUCCCUGUUUCCCCAGGGCAGCUGCAGAGUUCUUCAAAGAAAAGUGUGGCACCAUGAAGUUCCAGUAUGACUUCUCCUACCUGCACUCCCCCACACCUACAUCUGUGGAGGAGGCUCGCAAACACAGGGAGACAUGGCAGCACCAGCUCAGCAGGAACAUACAGAUCACCUUCCUACAGACUAUGGUCCGACUCUUCAGAGAUGUGAAGGAGUAUGUGAGCACAGUCAACCAGCGCAGGUAUUUAAACAAAGACAAGUUCUUAGAAGACAAGGAAGAAGGGGACAAACCAUUUUUCAAAGAGGUGUGCCAGUCCCACAUGUUUAAGAGGUUUCUGAAGGACAGGAUGGACCAGAAGAGAGACUUUUACUCCAUCAUGGAAGAAACUAUGCAGUGGCAGGGGGAGCAGAUGACUGACAACCCUGAUAACAAACUCAUCAGGAGGCGUAAGAUUAGUGCCACCUCUCCUGGGCAGAAGAACCGGAGGUCAGGGGUCGUGAACUUUGGCCUAGAGGUCAAUGGCCCCAACAGUACCUUUCAACUGCCUAGUUUUACCCAGUCUCACAGGAUGACAGACAAAACAACUGCUGCCUACUUCUAUGACAGCUGCAUUCAGAAACUGACCAACUAUUUAGAGAGCUGUGAACCCUCUGACCGUGCACCUUACCUGUACCUGAGAGGAAUGGUGUACGCAGCAAAAGGAGCAUCUAUGACUGCCCUGGAGGACUUCCAUAACCUCUGUUCAGCUGAUGUCAAGCUCUUCCCAGCAGAACAUGUACAGAGUAUCAUAAACAGUCUGAGUGAGGUGGAGAGGAGUCAGUUGGAACAGAAGGGUCUGUACAAGGGCGGGCCCAUGGAGCGGAAAACCAUGCUGGGAAAACUGCGCCGGAUGAGCACGGAGGUCGACAGAGGUCAAGGGUUGAUUAUCGCCUUGGACUUUGACCAGCUGCCUCAGAGGGACGUGGACCUCCAUGAGUUUAGCAAACAUAUCCGUCUACUGGACAUCGCUGUGGACAGUGAGGUUAUAGAGAGACUUUUCCAGUCCCUGACACUCCAAGACACAAAUUAUCUUGAUCCGGACACAUUUUCCAUAUUCUAUGACUGCUGGAAGGAAACAGAGCUGGACAACAGCAGGGUGGCCUGUCAACUCCCUGAGGACUGUCUCACUCGUGAAGAAGGGGUGUUAAAAGUGUCCAGGCUGAUCCGCUGUGACCUGGGCACUGGCAGGCUCAUUCUCACCCACAAGAGGCUACUGUUUAGGACAGGAGACAGGACUGAGGAGGUUGUACGUAUCCGAGACAUUAAGAACCUGGAGAAGUUCCAGUACAACACUGUCUUAACAUCUGCUGACGCUCUCAAGAUAUACAGCAAAGUGGAUGAUCAGAGUCCGUUCACAGCCAUCCUGAAGGAGGAGAGGAACCAGUGGUUCAUGUUGGUGCAGGAGCUGUGGUGUGGCAGGAACAUCGCAGAGGGAACCAAAGACUCUCAGGUUGUCCACCAGGCUGCCCAGAACGUCCUGCUCAUCAACGCUGUAGUCCUGAGUGGGGAUUAUGAGGAGUGUGCUCACUUUGAUGGAGUGGAGAAGGCUGCUGAAAAUCUUUGCUACUUCACUAAGAGACGCAAAGAGGGGAAAGACAAACUUCCUCAGGAAACAACUGAGGUUCUGAUUCAGAGAGUGAACCCGUCGCAGGAUGAGACUGUGAGGAACACUGUUGAAGCACUUCUCUACACAUCAGGAGACAACAGUAAAGGUGACAACAGAAGCUCCCCCCAGCUGUGGUGUGCCAUGGGGUCAGGUCAGGUCAAAGUGUACGAUGCCAGUACCUGGAUCUGUGACCAACAGUUCAUACAGGCCAACAAUAGAGUGUGUUGUUUAUUGUCGGUGGGUACAGAACAAGUCUGGGCAGGGUCCUUCGAUACAACCAUCUAUGUCAUCGACAUAAACACACACACAGCAAACAAACAACUGUUGGACCAUGUGGACAUGGUCUCCGACUUGACCAUUUCACAAGAUGGGAGCACGGUAUACAGCGCCAGUCUGAACGGACAGAUCCUCCUGUGGAGCGCCGCUACGCUGCAGAAGCGGGGACAGAUCUGGCUGAAGAACGUCCAGAGACUGGUGUCCAUCAAACUGGUGGGACAGAACCUCUGGUGCUGUACAAAAAGUGCCCUGCUGUUAGUAGACAGAGAAGGCCAGACGCUCCACACCCUCCAAAUGACAGAUGAAGGAGACUCACCUCUACAGAUAGAAUGUUUCCUCCUCUCUCAAGACGGAAUGCUGUGGGCAGGCAGUGGGAACCAGGGCAGACUGACAGUGUGGGACUUAGCAGGGAGAAGGUUAAAGAUGAAUUGUUGUGUCACAGCUGUGGGCAGGCAGUGGGAACCAGGGCAGACUGACAGUGUGGGACUUAGCAGGGAGAAGGUUAAAGAUGAAUUGUUGUGUUACAUACAGCUGUGGGCAGGCAGUGGGAACCAGGGCAGACUGACAGUGUGGGACAGUCAGAGCUACAGGGUGGUGAAGAACAUCAGUGUGUCAUGUCGAGGCUUGAGCAAGAUGGUACAAACACACGGCAAGAUCUGGGUGGGUGGAAAGUGUGGAAACAUCCAUAUCUUUAACCAAGGCACGUACACAGAGGAGAAGGAGCUGGUAGCACACGAGGACGCCAUACGCUCCAUGUGUGCCGCCUUCGACAGAUACAUCAUGACUGGGUCAGGCUCCAAGGAUGGGAAAAUUGCCAUCUGGAGAGUUUGAAAGUUUGAAUUUGUUUUGGAGAAGACUGUCACAGUGGUAAAUUUCCAGUGAUCAUCAAAAUUAAACGGAUUAUGGUGAAGCUUUUAAUCUCCAAGACUUGGAUGCAAGAGUCUGGCUCAUAUUUUGUGUCUUACAUGAUAGUACAAAAUGUACGCCUUUUUUUAUAACUAGAUCUAUGGGCUCUUUUUGAUUGUAAUUAUAUGAUUACUAGUAAUUUGCCUCCUCUUACCAAGUUUCAAUACUAAGCAGGGCUCAAAAUCAAAGGUGGUCCAAUGGCCACAGACCACGAAAAUUAGGCUUGGACAGCUAAAAAGACACUUUGAGACAUUUGGGGGACAAUAUAAAAAUAUUCAGCAUCAGAAUGUCAACCCUUCUUUAAUUUGUUUAUCAGGCACACGUCCCAGCUUUUGUAGCCAGAAAAUCCCC